CCUCCUGUUUUGCAUUUCCUUUCAUUAUCCCCGGCAACGAUGAAGCUUUCCGUCACCCUAGGUGGACACCUGAGUUAGGUAACUUGCCUGUGAUAAAUAGCUACCCGAGUCGCCGCUGCAGAGGUUCCUGGCAUCCAGUAAAGACUGACGAGUAGUAUUCGAGGCUUGUCUGUCAGAAAGCAUGAUGUUGUUCGCAAAGAGUGUGGUUCUUCUGAACCGCGGAACCAGUCUGAUGAGCAAAAGAUUUAAUCACAGACUCGGAAUCCUGGGCGCACCUUUAUCAAGAGGGCAGGGAAAGAAGGGUGUGGAGGUGGCGCCCGCUGCUUUACGGAAAUCCGGGCUGGUUAAAGCACUUCGUAUUGGAGGGUGUGAUGUGAAAGACUAUGGAGAUUUGAAAUUUGAAGAUGAACCAGAGGAUCAACCAUUCGGAACUGUCAAAAUGCCCCGAACUGUAGGGAGAGCAAACGAGAAACUUUCGCAAGCUGUAAACAAAGUGAAAGCAAGUGGCCAGAUCUGUCUCACUCUUGGCGGAGAUCACAGUUUGGCAAUUGGAUCAAUUUCUGGGCAUGCAGCAUUUCACUCUGACCUGUGUGUAGUGUGGGUCGAUGCCCAUGCUGAUAUCAACACGCCCAGUACAACACCAACAGGAAAUCUUCAUGGGCAACCAGUGUCAUUUCUAAUCAAGGAACUCAAGGCAGAAUUUCCUGCUGUCCCAGGAUUCAGUUGGCUGGAGCCAUGUUUAUCUGCAAAAGAUAUUGUUUACGUUGGUCUGAGGGAUGUGGACCCAGGUGAAAAGGAUAUUAUAAAAAAAUUAGGAAUUAAAUUCUUCUCAAUGGCAGAUGUGAAUCGGAUGGGAAUACAUAAAGUCAUGGAGCUGACCAAUGAAUACUUGUUUUCCAGAGUGAAGAAACCGAUACACCUUAGUUUUGACAUUGAUGGAUUUGAUCCUGUCCUGGCACCAGCAACAGGAACCCCUGUAGAAGCAGGUCUCACAUAUGAACAAGGUGUCUUCUUGGCAAAGGAAAUCCAUAACACAGGUCUCCUGUCAGCAAUUGACCUAGUGGAAGUUAAUCCCCUUUUAGGAAAAACCCAAGAAGAUAUUGCAUCUACUGUGAAUACUGGUCGAGAUGUUAUCCUGAAAGCAUUUGGCUGCAUACAAAAAUAAAUCUACUGACCAUUCUUUGCUGGAAUUCCAACAAGCUUUGUCUUUUAUUCCAUCAUAGCUAUGAACAUUCAUGAAUCACUUGUAUUUCCAGAGAACAAGUUUGACAAACUUAGUCUAAAAUGGUGAUUCAAUAUGGUAAAAGGUUUAUGAUUUAUUUUUAAUUUGUACUUUGAUUGCCUGAAGCAAGAUCUAGAUGGAUUAAUGCCAAUAAAUGAAAUCAUUCCUUUUCAGGUCCCAAAGCAGCCACAUACUUUAAUCCCAGCCCCAUUCUCCCUAGAUACUGUCUUGAUUUCAGUCUGGUUCAAAGGGCUAUUUGAAGUGUACAGUGCAGAAAUGUUUGUAAUAUAUGUGAAUAACUUGGAUGUGGAUCUAGGAGGCAUGAUCAGUAAGUUCGCGGAAGACACAAAGAUUGAUGGAGUUGUUGAUAGUGUGGAAGAUAGACUUAGGCUGCAGAGAGAUAUCGGUGUGCUGCUGAAAUGGGCCAAAAAAUGGCAGAUGGAGUUUAGUCCAGACAAAUGUAAGGUGAUGCAUUUUGAGAGUACUAAUGAGGCUAGGACAUACAUCAUGUCUGGUGGGGUCUUACAGAGUACUGAGGAACAAAGAGACUUUGGAUUACAAGUCCAUGGAUCUUUGAAGGUGGCAACACGGAUAGAUCAUGUGGUUAGGAAGGCAUAUAAGAUACUGGCCUUCAUUAGUUGGGCAUUGAAUACAGAAGUUGGGAGGUUAUACAGCAACUUUAAAAAAUCUUGGUCAGAGCUCAGCUGGAGUAUUGUGAGCAGUUCUGGUCACCGUGCUAUAGGAAGAAUGUAAUAGCAUUGAAGAGGGUGCAGAGAAGAUUCAUAGGAUAUUGGCCGGGAUGGAACAGUCCAGUUACAAGGAGAAAUGGAGAAGCUAAGACUUCUAUAAGGAGGUUAAGAGGGGACAGGAUUGAGGUGUUUAAAAUUAUGAGUGUAGAGAACAGGAAAGUUCUCCUCAUGUCAGAGGUAACUAAAACUAGAGGACACAGAUUUAGGGUAAGAGGGAAGAGAUUCAGAGGGGAUAUGAGAGGGACCUUCUUCACACAGAGAGUGGUACCUGGAUUGCAGGCUCUGAGAGAGUGGUUGAAGCUGGGUAACUAACUGUGGGAAGUGCCUAGAUGAGCAUUUGAAUGCUUAACAUAGAACUAUGGACCAAGUGCUGGGAGAUAGGAUUAAUACAGAAGAGUGCCCAGUGCUUGACAUGGAUAAGUUGGGCUGAAUGGCCUGUUUCCAUGCUGUAUGAUUUCAAUGACUCUAUUACUCUAGAAAUGGUAUGUGCCAGAGUUUAGCCCAAGCUUGUUCUUUUCUUCAGGUGGUUGUCUAGCUUCCUCUUUAAUAUACCUAUGCUGUCUGCCACAGUCAUUCAUUUUGGGAGCAUAUUCCACGUUCUUUGAGUAAAAAAUAAUCUUUCUGAAUGUCCUAUUGGCUUAUUAGUAAUUAUCUUAUAAUAAUGACCUUCGGUUUUAGAACUACAUGGUCUCCCACAUAAUGGAAACAUCUUCUUUCUUACUCAAUCAAACUAUUUUGUAAUUUUAAACAUCUUCAAUGAAAUGAACAUCAGUUUUCUCAUUCUCCAGUAAAUGGGGCUCAGCCUCAUCAGCCUUUCCUGAUAAUUACAUCCUCUCAGUUUUGGAAUCCUUGCCGAACCAUUUUGUAUCAUCCUCAGUAAGUGCUUGUCUAUUUUUUUAAGAUAAGGUCUUUAUUAGUCACAUGUACAUCGAAACACACAGUGAAAUACAUCUUUUGCGUAGUGAUUUUUGGGGGGCAGCCCGCAAGUGUCACCACGCUUCCGGCGCCGACAUAGCAUGCCCAUAACUUCCUAACCUGUACAUCUUUGGAAUGUGGGAGGAAAACGGAGCACCCGGAGGAAACCCACACAGACAUGGGGAGAAUGUACAAACUCCUUACAGACAGUGGCCAGAUUUGAACCCGGGUUGCUGGCGUUGUAAAGCAUUAUGCUACCAUGCCUGCCAUUGUGGAAAUGAACAGUUCACAAAAAUCCAAUUAUGGGAUAAUCACAUUCCAGGCAAAUGUGAUGUAACUUUUUUUUAAUUUCAUCAAUUCAGAAAUGAACUCUAGUGUCUGUUUUGCUUUUUUAUGUCUUAAUAACCUGCAUCACUGCUAUAAUGAUAUAUGUUUCUGUAUCAUGAAAUUCAUUUGCUCCUCAUUUGGACAUCUAUAUGAAAUUUAGUCUUCUUGCCAAAAUGUAUCACCUGACAUUCACCAGUAAUAAAAUUU